AUGGGUCGGAAAAAAAUCCAAAUCUCCCGCAUUCUAGAUCAAAGGAACCGACAGGUGACGUUCACCAAGCGGAAGUUCGGGCUGAUGAAGAAGGCGUACGAGCUGAGCGUGCUGUGCGACUGCGAGAUCGCGCUCAUCAUCUUCAACAGCGCCAACCGGCUGUUCCAGUACGCGAGCACCGACAUGGACCGCGUGCUGCUCAAGUACACGGAGUACAGCGAGCCGCACGAGAGCCGCACCAACGCCGACAUCCUGGAGACACUGAAGCGGAGGGGGGUGGGCCUCGAUGGGCCAGAUCUGGAGCCCGAUGAAGGGUCUGAGGGGCCAGGAGAGAAACUGCGGAGACUGGGAGGUGAUGGAGGUGACCCAGCCUUGCCCCGGCCCCGGCUCUAUCCGGCAGUGCCCACCAUGCCCAGCCCAGACAUGGUGUAUGGGGCCCUGCCCCCACCAAGCUGUGACCCAAGCGGGCUGGGUGAGGCCCUGCCCGCCCAGAGCCGUCCAUCUCCCUUCCGACCUGCAGCCCCCAAAGCUGGACACCCAGGCCUGGGACACCCUCUCUUCUCACCGAGCCACCUCACCAGCAAGACACCGCCCCCCCUGUACCUGACGGCAGAUGGACGGAGGCCGGACCUGCCUGGUAGCCUGGCUCGAGGGGGUCUGAGUACCCCGAGAACCCUCUACAGCAGCCUGCAGAGCCCCAGCACCACUGCAGCCCCUGGACCCCCUCUGGGGAGCUUUCCGUUCCUUCCCGCAGGCCCCCCAGAAUACAGCCUGGGAGACCCCCCGCCACCCCCUGGCUUGCUGCAGCCCCCCACACUGGGCCCCUGGCAGUCCUCGAGGGCGGAUGGGCCCCCAGCCACCCCUGCCCAGUCCAGUGGGGGCCGCAGCCUGGGUGAGGAGGGCCCCCCCACCCGUGGAGCCUCCCCACCGACGCCCCCAGUCAGCAUCAAGUCUGAACGCCUGUCACCCGCUCCUGGGGGACCCGGCGACUUUCCCAAGACCUUCCCCUAUCCGCUGCUCCUCGCCCGGCCUCUGGCUGAGCCCCUGCGGCCAGCGCCCACACUGCGACGGCUGCCCUCGGCCGAUGGGUGGCCCCGAUAG